GUCUAAGAAGGCUUUUUUCUUGUAGGAAAAGGGAGUGGAAGUUGUUGCUUGUAUCUCAGUAAAUGAUCCAUUUGUGAUGGCAGCUUGGGGAGAAGCACACAAAUGUGAAGGCAAGAUCCGAAUGUUGGCCGACACGCAAGGGGAAUUCACAAAGGCUGUUGAUAUGGAACUUGACGCGAGGCCAUUUCUUGGAAGUGUUCGAUCAAAGAGAUAUGUGAUGGUGAUUGAAGAUGGAAUGGUGACAGCGCUGAACGUGGAGCCUGAUGGAACCGGACUGAGUUGCAGUCUGGCUAACAGCAUUCUUAGUGUGUUGUAGUGUUUCUUCCAAACAGCGACAAAGAAGGAGUAGAAUCAAGAGUAGAUCGAUCGUGUCAAGACGUCAUAUUUUCCUUAUUUCGUUGUUUACAAAAAAUGGAGCAUGGCUUCUAACAGUGGACUAAAAUGUGAGAUGUUAAUAAGAAUAAAAUCUUCAUAAUUUAACGCAUUGGCGAUUCAUUAGGACGAAAUGGCGACCUUUUGAGAAGUUGUGUACGGCAGAAUAAAAUACAUGGUUCCACUGA